UCUCUUUGUGCAUUCAGGAAUAUCUUUGUGCAAUGUCAGUGGGUUGUUUGAGUCGGGUGCAGAGUGUGGGAAGGGGUUGAUGCUGCUGUAUGAAUUAUUGUUUAUUUUUUAGUAAAGUGAGAUAUGACAGCUAGCAAAAUGAGUGAGCGAAAAUUUACGAGAGGCUUGAGGAAACCAGGGAUGGCGGCACAGCUUCGCGAGACUGUUUCGCAGGCUGUUCGCGAAAGCACUGUUUUGAACAAGCCUCAGUUGGUUGACCCAAUAGAUUUUGAAACUUUCAUUUUAAAAAACAAGACACUUCUCCAAAAUGAUCCUCAGCGAGAACUAUUACUUUAUCCUGCUGAUGAUGUGUCUCAAGUUGUGCUUCCUAGACGAUACAGGACAACUAACCAUAGUGUGCCUGUAAACUAUGAAACAUCAGAUUGCUGUUUGUUUACACGAGAAUGUUUGAAAAGUUAUACUUGUAACUGGAAUCUGAUCCAUUACAAAUACAGUGCAUAUUCUGGAACAUACCUUGAGUUACCUAAGAUUCUAAAAUCGGAGGAACUGAAAGAUGAGGUGUAUGAAGUGGAUACGGAUGCAGAUCAAAUUGAUGAGGAUUCAACAUUAAAAGCAGAUGGCAUCACAAAACAGGGCUAUUUGAUGAAAGGCCCAGAAACAGGGAGUGAUCGAAUGUUUGUCAAUCUAGGAUCUAAAUCCUUCAAACGACGUUACUGUUACUUGAGGCAAGAAGUUGAUGGGACAUAUAUUUUAGAAAUGCACAAGGAUGAAAAGGAGACUGAAGCAAAAGCAACAAUUGUUAUGGAUUUUUGUACAGAAGUUGUUAGGAACACUAAACGAGGCCGGUUUUCCUUUGAAUUGCGCAUGACUGCUGGCCACAAAUCAUUUACCCUUGCUGCAGAAUCUGAGGCUGAAAUGCAAGACUGGAUUAAUAAGCUGAGUGCUGUCAUUCAGCAGAUAAAAAUACAGGAAGAAAAACGAGCCGCCUCAUUGGAGAGAGCAAAUAAUGCUCAGCCUCCUUCUCCACAACCAGUUCAAAUGUAUGGUACACUAAAAGGGCUGGAGCAGAGUAUGAACCCUCAACUGAUAAAAUAUUCUCGUGAAACUGAUGUAUCCAUAUCAUUGGCUAGAAAAGAAAAUAGGCGUCGAUUAUUUAGUAUUUAUCCACACAUAUUGCAUGUAAAGAAUAAUACUGAUAAUGCUGUUGAGCAAAAUAUCGAGCCAUAUAGAGAACAGUUUGGUCAACGUAUUUUAGUUACUUGUGAAAAUAUAAGAUUCCGGCUUCAAGCACCAAUUGAUGGAGAGAAGGAAGGCCUUUGCCAGGUGGAACCAUAUUUAACAACUUUAGCUUUGUUUGACACAAAACAAGGACAGACAAGGAAGCUUACUGAAAAUUUUCAUUUUGAUGUCAAUCAUCCUCAAGUACGACACAUGCUUCCUCCUUCUUACCAAAUGACUAAUGGCAGGGAGUGUGCUGGAGAUAAUUUAUUGGCGCCGGAGUUUCAACAAAUACCAAAUGAAUGGAUAAAGUAUCCAAGGCAGGCUAUAUUUAGUGUCAACAACCCUCACUCUGAAAUUUACUUGGUUGUGAGGAUCGACAAAAUACUUCAGGGAGGUAUAUGUCAAACAACGGAACCUUAUAUAAGGAGUACAAAGGAUCCUCGUCUUGGGCUUAAAAUUCAUAAACAAGUAAAAACAUGUAGUCAGAGGUUAGGAAAUUAUAGAAUGCCUUUUGCAUGGGCAGCACGACCACUGUUUCGGCUUUAUACUAACGAAUUAGACACAACCCCCGACUUCCCAGCUGUAUAUAGACAAGAAGGAAAUAAACUUACAGAUGAAGAAAUUUUGAAAGUGCUUGCAGAAUAUAGAAAACCAGACAAAAUGAGCCGUCUCACUGUAAUUCCUGGGUGGAUCACUGUAAAGGUGGAGCAGAUUACAGAGAUUCCUGAGAAUACUCUAACAACAACACUUGCUCCCCUUAAGCCAUUUCCUCUCCCACCAACAAGUGAACCAACUCUAGAAGUAGUAGAGUUUGAGGGGAGUUCCGAGAAGGAUGUUCAUCCAUUUACAACAUUUGUAAAUCAUCUGUACGUUUACCCUAGAAGUCUGAAUUUUGAUAUGCAGAAGAAUUUUACAAGGGCAAGAAACAUUGCCUGUAGAGUUGAACUCAGGGAUUCUGAUGAAGAUGGUGCAGAACCUCUUUGUUGCAUAUAUGGGAGACCAGGAGGUUCAGUGUUUGUGCAGCAAGCUUCAUGUGCUGUCCUUCACCACAACACUUCUCCAUCUUGGUAUGAAGAAGUGAAAAUGAGACUGCCAAUACAACUACACUCCAAACACCAUCUACUCUUUACAUUUUUGCACAUAUCUUGCGAUUCAUCAAAGAAGAAGGACAGCUUGGUUGAGACUUGUGUGGGAUAUUCUUGGACUCCUUUACUCCAUAGAGGAAGGUUAAACGUUGAAGACCAAAUACUUCCAGUUGCAGUUAAUCUUCCUCCAGGGUAUUUAGCAGUGCAGCCACUGGGAUUGGGAAAAGGGUUUGCAGGACCAGAAGUGAACUGGAUUGAUAAUCAAAAAUUUAUUUUUACUGUUGGUUUUCAACUAUACUCAACUGUUUUCACGAAAGACCAACAUCUCCAUAAUCUUUUUGCGCAUACAGAAAAACUGUUGGAUGUAAAGCUACACCAGUUAACUACUGACUCAGAGACUUGUAAAGUUCUGAAGGCGGCACAUGCUAUUCAACUUACAGCUGCAAUAACUUUUCUUCCAACUCUUCUAAAUCAUCUGUUCACAUUGUUAGUAGUUUCAAGUUCUGAAGAAGUUGGAUUAAAUAUAAUAAGAGUCUUGAUACAUAUUGUUCAUAUGAUACAUGAAGCCGGAAGAAAAGAUAUACUACAGUCAUAUGUGAAGUUUGUUUUUGUGCCUCCUACUGUGCAGUCGUCAACAACAGUCCAUGAAGAAAUGAGUAGACAUUUGCCAACUCUUUUACGUCCUGCAAAUACAGAUUUCCUUGUUGUCAAUAAAUUUAUGCAUCAUUCAAGUUUCUUUUUUGAUGUGAUGGUGAAAAGUAUGGCACAAUAUUUGUUGACCACUGGCCGUAUAAAGAUGCAUCGAAAUGAAAGAUUUGCUUCAGACUUCUUGUUCAGAAUACAGAAUCUGCUUCAAGUUCUGUGUCCUUAUAUAAUACAAAAGUACAAAGAAAUGCCUAUAGAAACUCAAGAGCUGAAUUGCAGUAUUGCAAGUUUUCUCAAGAGAUGUCUAACAUUCAUGGACAGAGGCUAUGUGUUUAAACUAAUUAACUCUUACAUGGACAAGUUCAAUCCAGGAGAUCCAAAAACUCUUCAUGAGUGUAAAUUUGUUUUUUUGCAAAUUAUUUGCUCACAUGAACACUAUGUGGCCUUCAAUCUUCCAAUACGCCAUUCAAGAAUAGGACUUAAAGGAAGAUCAGAUUAUGUUGAUGGCUUCUGUCUGUCAGAAGAAUUUUGCAAGCAACAUUUCCUGGUUGGUCUUCUGCUUCAGGAAGUGAGAACUUCACUAAAUGAAGUCUCUCAGAUUAGAAAAAUUGCUAUCUCCACUCUUCGAGACUUAUUAGCAAAACACGAACUUGAUGACAGAUAUCAAAAUAAGGGUCAAAUGGCACGUAUUGCUGCUAUUUACUUACCAUGGCUGAGUAUAGUGCUGGAGAAUCUCAACCGUUUAAAUGCAUCAUCAGAUGGAAGCAAACAUCUUGAUCCUUGUAACAAACAUAGUGCAGGCAGUCGAUUAUCAAGUAGUAGUUCCUUCUUGAAUUUUAAAGAUACAGCAUCAAUUGAUACUCCAAAGUCGUCACAUCGGUUCACUAUGCUUGUAGAUGGAAAUCCAUCAUUCAGGUCAUCAAUGCACGUUAGAGAUUCUUCAUAUUUAGCAGCUAUUGCUGGUCAAGGUAUGUUAAAUGGAUGCUCAUCUGUUAGUCUGGAGUCAGAGUCAUCCACAAUGUCUGCAGAUGGACAUUCAACCAUUUCUCAAGAGACCACUAUUAUCCGAGAACCUAGAGAUGAUGGUGUUAAUUUCAAGAGACAUUCAAGGUCUGUGAGUACCUCACAACCCAUUCGAUGUGACAAGCUGCAAGCAUCAGAAGUGAAAGAUAUUUUGCUGUGCUUCAUGUUUGUUGUAAAAUACUUGGGAGAUGAAUAUUUAGUGAACUGGUGGCAGCAGUGCUCUGAGACAGAUACACUCAGCUUCUUCAGGUGUAUUGAGAUGUGCUUGCAUCAGUUUAAAUAUAUUGGGAAACGUCAGAUUAUUGGAAGAGCAAGUGGCAAACCAGGAACAACUAAGGCGAUGACUUUACCAGCUCGAAUGCAACCUCCAGAUUUUUCUGGUGAUGGUGAAGCAUUUAAUACGCACAGUGGAAGCAGCAGUGUUGGAAGAGAGAAUAUGCAGCAGUUAGUGGCAGAAAAUGAUUCCAGUAAACUUUACCAAGCACUUUUGGAGGCAAACAUGGCAACUGAAGUUGGACUGAUUGCUUUGGAUGCUUUAGGAUUAUAUUGCCUACACUUUAAAGACAAUUUGCUGGAUACUGAGGGAGAUAAUGUUGUAAUGAAGAAGCUAUUUGAUAUUUAUCUGUCAUUCCUUCAAGUUGGUCAGUCAGAAACAUUGUUCCGGCAUGUUUUUGCAGCUUUGCGAGCAUAUAUAAACAAUUUCUCUGUUGCAUUAUUUAAAGGUGAUGCAGUCCUUUGUGGAAGACUAUGCUAUGAGCUGCUAAGAUGCUGUAAUAGCAGACUGUCAACAAUAAGGCAAGAAUCCUGUGCCAUAUUGUAUCUUCUGAUGAGAAGCAAUUUUGAGUUCAGUAAUCGCAAAGGUCUUACAAGAGUCCACUUGCAGGUGAUAAUUUCUGUAUCGCAAAUGUUGGGAAAUGUCAUGGGUCUGAACAAUGCCCGUUUCCAAGAAUCACUUUCUCUUAUAAACAGUUAUGCUUCUAGUGACAAAGUAAUGAAGGGUACAGGUUUCCCUCUGGAAGUGAAAGACCUUACAAAGCGAAUUCGAACUGUGCUGAUGGCAACAGCACAAAUGAGGGAACAUCAUCAAGAUCCAGAGAUGCUCGUUGAUUUACAGCACAGUCUUGCCAACUCUUAUGCGUCCACACCUCAGCUUAGACACACGUGGCUUGAAGCAAUGUCUCGCAACCAUGACAAAGAAGGCAACUAUUCAGAAGCUGCAUCAUGUCAGUUGCAUAUUGCUGCUCUCAUAGCUGAGUAUCUGAAAUUAAAAAACAUCCACAACUGGGGAGCGGAGGCAUUUGAAAAAAUUUCAUCCAACAUAGCUAAAGAUGAAAGAAGUCUGAAGUUGGAUGCAGGUGUCCAAGACAUACAGUACUCUGAAAUAAGCUUGUUAGAACAGUUGGAGAGAUGUGCUGAUUUACUAGUGAAAGCUGAACGCUUUGAACUCCUGGGUGAUCUGUAUAGGCUGAUUAUACCAAUAUAUGAAGCAAAACGCAAUUAUGAAAUGCUGGCUCAUUGCUAUCAAAACUUAAUGCAAGCUUAUAACAAAAUUGUAGAAGUAACACGAUCUGGAAAGCGUCUGUUGGGUCGUUACUAUAGAGUAGCCUUCUUUGGUCAGGCAUAUUUUGAAGAAGAGCAUGGAAAUGAGUAUAUAUAUAAGGAGCCAAAACUGACGUCUCUUUCUGAAAUAUCUGAAAGGCUUAAAAAGUUGUACAGUGACAAAUUUGGCCAUGAAGUUGUCAAAAUUAUAAUGGAUUCUGCUCCGAUAAAUGCCAGUGCCCUUGAUUCAAAAUAUGCUUACAUUCAAGUGACUCAUGUGACUCCCUAUUUUGAAAAGUCUGAAUUGGAAGAGCGGCAGACAGAAUUUGAGCAAUCACAUGACAUAAACACAUUUAUGUUUGAGACACCAUUCACGAAGGAUGGAAGAGUUCGUGGCAGCCCUGAAGAACAAUGGAAAAGAAGAACAAUACUCACAACUCAGUAUUCAUUCCCAUAUGUGAAGAAAAGAAUAAUUGUAGAAAAAUAUUCUACCCAAGAACUUAACCCAAUUGAAGUAGCCAUUGAUGAAAUGCAACAAAAAGUUGCAGAGCUAGAGGAAGUUGUAUUCACUAAACCCACAGAUGCAAAGAAACUGCAGCUUAGAUUGCAGGGAAGCAUAUGUGUACAAGUCAAUGCUGGACCAUUAGCAUAUUCAUCAGCUUUCCUGGACCCUAGUGUGGACUCUCAUUACCCUGGUGAAAAGGUAGAGGAACUGAAGGAUAUAUUCAGGGAUUUUGUAAAAAUAUGUUAUACAGCUCUCCAAAUAAACAGCAAAUUAAUUACCCAGGACCAGCUGCAAUAUCAAGAAGUGCUUCAGCAGAAUUACCAGAAGCUCUGUCAUAAUUUGUCAACUUUGUUGGGUGAGUCACUGUGGCCUGAUGAAGAAAUGGGAGUUUUCAAAAGAAACAGUCAUGUGUUGUUUGGUGUAAUAAGUGGAUCAUCAAGUGCCUCAAGUACUGCUUAAUAAUGGGAUUUACUAGUGAUCAUCAUUGUCACAUGACUGUCCGUUUUUAUAUUCUUGCUCACUGGUACCAAGACUUCAGUAGUACUUUUGUUAUUUCUUUCAGUGUGGCCAACACAAAGCCGUGGAUUGUUUGUCUUGAGGUCACUGCUGGAUAAGGUUAAUUGUCCUUGCUGGUAAAGGAAAAUGACUUGAUGUGUUGCAGCACUGAUUAUAUUUUCUUGGAUAUUGUAUAUCCACAUUGUAAGUUUCUACUGUGUACUUAUUGUGUGAAUGUUUAAGAUGGAUUGUUAUUUUGGUAUUUGUGCCCUAUACUGUAUCAAUAGGGCAUUCAGGGUUACAAAAUCUCAUUCAUUCUUGCAAAUAAGAUUUUUUUAAGGGUCAAUGAAAAUGAAAUGAUACUUGAAUUUCUAUUUCAUUUUGUAUCUGUUGAAUGAAACACAUUUUUAAAACGUUGGUCCUGAAGUAAAUUAAAAAUUGUAGGUCAGUCACACUGGGUUACAGAUGUAGGAGUUAAUGAUGUUACAAAGACUGAAUACAUUAUUUUCUGCUUUGUACUUUGUGAAUUAAUGAAGAGUUAAUGUUAGUGUUACUGUUGAGAGGAGCACAAAUUGUAGAAGUUUUUGUAUGGAGGUAUAAAUUUUAUCACACAAAUAUAAAAAGGUGAAAGCUGGUAAUGUCAUGUGGUAAAACAAUGCAAAUUUUUUUGUUGAUCUUGUAUCUCAGGUGCACUGACUCUCUACUUAAGUGUUCUCAAUCACAUAGCCAUUUGUAGGACCAAUAUUGUUAAAGAGUGUUUCCUUGCAGAUGUAAAUAUGUAACUUUUAUCUGCUGUGUGCGUGUAAGAAAAGUGUUGUGUGCAAUAAUGAAUCUCUUUGUAUGUCUGUGGCAAAUCUGUGGUAUACCUCUGUUAAUGUAAUCUACUUAUCUAAAUUGUGCUGUGAAUCAUAUGAGUUUCUGAAAGAUGCUCUGGAAACUGAUUUUAUUCUUGGAAGAUUGUGGUAAAAGAUACAUAUAUUGUAUUUUACAGUUCAAGUGCAAUCACAUAAUUUAUUUACAAUUUAUUUUAAUGUAGCAUUCUGAUGAUAUCAUGAAUAACAUAAAUUAGUAGAUGUUUUGCUAUUAAUUUAAGUAACAAGAAGCAAGACAUCAGGAACUGAACUCAUUAUUCAUGAUGGUGGUUGAAUAACUAUGUUAAUUAUAUGUAUAUAUUUUUACUUCUGCUACAUCACUCAUAAUGAGAAUCUCAGUUUCAUGAUUGUUUUAUAACGAUUUGCUGCCUUUCAUCAAUGAUUAAUGUGUAAUGUUAUGAAGUUUUUCACCACUGAACAGUGGACCAAUAUGUAGCACAUUGUCCAUGGGAACUAUUGACAGUAGAUAAUCCCAUUUAUAAGACUGUCAUCUAGAAGGAUUUCUUUGUGUAUUGAAAAUAUUUCACUAUAAUUACUGUCUGGGUAACAGCUGUUUCCAAAAGUAAUCGAAUGUUCAAGCAGUGCAUAAGCCUAAUGAAAAUAAAAAUAUUUUAAUAAGAGAUAGUGUGAGUGAAUGAAAACUAUAAUUUUUGCAGCACCUAAUAGAUUAAUUGUUGUGUGCCAAUUUAUAUUAAUACUGUGUAUAGAUGAGGGCUUAAUUUUAAAGUCCAUUAUUUAGAAAGUUCUUCCCAUUGUUUACUUUAGUCCCCGCUCCCUCUUUCCAUUUUUUCCUUUUUCAUUAUGUGAGGAGGAGGAUUGUGGAGAGAGUUGCUGAUAAUCAGUUUUGUUUCGCAUGUGACACUUCCUUACGAUUUAAGUUACGCUCAACUCUUGAGUCAGUGUCAGCUUGUGUACAUCAUCUUAUGGGAGAGUUGAACUUUAUCUAAAAGAAGGCAGUCUCUGCCUUAUACUAGUUCAAACUGAAGAUUAAUAAGAACAUUGGCAUAGCAGCAUUAUAGGUAGAGAUUAAGAACUCAUAUAUACCAGUUAGUUGACAGCCAUUUGUUGAAUCUAUCUUGCAGUUGGCUACUGACUGCUCCCCCCAUACUUCAUUUGUCAACAGUAGACUUUUCCUUCUCUGAAUUUUUAAACACAUUUAACUGCAGUGAUUACAUUGCCAUUAUUUAAGUGUUUAUUAUCUUUAUUACAUGUCUCCUGUCUCCCAUAAACUCACAUUUCACUAAAUUGUGUAAUUUUCAUAAUUAGUUUGUCACAAUAUUUGUUUCAUGGCUUUAAAAGAGCAUUAUAAGCAUACAUGCAUACUGUUGCCUUCCACAUAUCAUUUGUGCAACCCAUUCAGUGACCACGUAGCUUAUGGCCCCUGUCAGUAUGAAGAAUUAAUGAGAUCUGAUUUUUAUAGUCUCACUCAUCUCAUUCUCAGAAAGAGGGUGUCAUUAUUCUUUUUUCACUGUAGCUUUGCAUUAAUUUUAUUAGGAAGUAAAUACUAACUGACUAGAUUCAGUCUAUUGGCAGAUAUUCAUUUCAAUCAACAUACAACAUAAAGCUGAUAGUCUGCUUACAUAUGCCCUUAACUACUUAAAUAUGAUCUGUAAUGAUUAUGAUAAAAUUAAAUGCUACAGAAUUAAGUAAUUAAAUGCUACAAAAUUGAAUGUUUUCGUAUUUAAGGGAAAUAAGUAUUGAAUAAAAUGUAAUUUAAGUGUAUUUUAACUCUUUCUGUUUCCCUUCCUACAAAUCUUACACUAUACAGAAAAGUUUUUUGUGUUGUGAAGUGCUUGAUAAAAUUGUCUGCUUACGUGGUUUUAGCAUAUUCAUGUAGAAGAUUUGAGUGUUUGAAAAAUAUUUGUAAUUUGUAAAUAAUGUAUUUGCGAUUAUAUAUAAAUGUAUUGACCAGUUUUGUUGCCAAAAUUCAAAUUUUAUGUAUAGUAUAUCUGCUAUAUAGUAUAUCUGCUACAGGUAUUGUAUAUGUAUUAUUGUAACAAUAUAAAUUAAUGUCAGAAUUAAGUGUGUAUUAUAAGGCACUACAAUUCAGGAUGCACUGCCAUCACUUCAUGUAAUAUAAACAGUAGUGUGAUUUGUAUUUAAGAUCCAGUUCCAUUUAACUUUACAUAACCAAUUCAAUUUAAUUUACUUGCAUGUGCCCCUCUUCUUGACAGUUGACAUAGUUCAUGAGUUUUGUCUGGACUUUGGUGAACAGUACUGUGUAAGUUAUACUAUUAUUGGUAUCACAUAUUCCAUUAUGUAGUCUGUAACAGAAGAUAAAUAUUAUUUUCUUUACAAUAAUGUGAACAGAAAGAGGGGGGGGGGGGGGGGGGAGUUUUGUGUGAACCAGGAAAGAGUGAAGUACCUUUGGCUUAUGAAUAUUUACAUUUAUUGAAAUUUUUAGUUUUCCAUAAUUUGUGCAUAAACUUUAAUUCUUAUUACUUUUCUUAAUAGAACUUCUUAUUUGCAUUUUACUGUACAACAUAAAGUUGAACACUCAAGUCUUCUGUGUUCAGUGUUUCCAGUGCUUUUUGUAUGUAAGUUAGACAUCUAAUACUGAUUUCAGCAGUUUCGUAAAUGUGAUACCAGUUGGUUGCAACUGAAUGUUUAUUCAGUAAUUCAGUCUUCACUUUUUAAUGUAUCUAUACCCUUUUAAUUCUAUGCAUUUCCAUUAUCUUCAUCACGUUUGACAAGUAAAUUAUCUAUCUGAGAGCGGUACUGAGGUGAAUGGAAUGGGAUACUAGUCUCAUUUGGUUCUCUGUCCAUUCCAUAGACAAAGUAUGUAGGGAAAACAAUUCUCUGUAACCUCUGAUUUCUACCUGUAUCUUUAUGUUGCAUGUUAUUCGUGACUACUCUAAUUACUAGUGGCAUGCAACAGUAUCUAAACUUUGGAAAAUCCAGGAUGGAAUGUAACAAUGACACAGAAGCAAAGUUGCUACUAACCAUAUAGCAGAGGUGCUGAGUCAUGAUAGGCACAUGAAAAAGAUUAACACAGUUAGAUUCAGAUAGACAAUUGUGUGAAUCUUUUUGUUGUGCAUAUUGCGACUCAGCAUCCUCGCUAUAUGGUGAGUAGCAACUUGCCUUCUCUGGUAUUGUUACAUAGUAUCUAAAUUUUCCUUGCCUGUGUGCUCUGUAUUGCAUUUACUUUCUUUCUUUAGCUGCCAGCAGUAAGUACUGAUUUUUUUAUAGUCCUCUUUGUGUAAAUGUAUUGAUAGCUACUCAUUUGGAAAAAGGAUCAAUUUGUACAAACAUUCUCUGAGGUCUAGCUGUAUUAUUUAUUCAUUUAUGUAUUUUAUGAAUUAUGAUUGUUUCAUCAUACUUUCUGAGACAUGCCUGAAUUUUUUUUUGUGUGUUUAUAAUUGUUUCUCUUAGGUAAAUUCACUUGGAUAAGAGACAGAAUUGUUGGGCAGUAUUUACAACGAGGAGGCAAAUUUCAUAGCACUAUAGACAGAUGGAUAAAAGUACAAGAAAGUCCCCCAGCUUUCAGCACUAGUUAGUUUCUUCUACUUUUAUAUGUCUGUCAGCAGUACUAAGAGUUUUUCCCUAAAAAUGAGAAUGAUAUAGGGACACUUCUGUGCUGAAGAAGAAGAAGAAGAAGAAGAAGAAGAAGAAGAAGAAAGGAUGUGCUGUUUCCUUUCGAGUCUCCUAUGAUCUUCAUUUCUUUCUGAGCAUUCCACUUUGUGUCUUCAUAAAAUUCUGAAAAACACUCUCUCUCUCUCUCUCUCUCUCUCUCUCUCUCUCUCUCUCUCUCUCUCUCGUGUGUGUGUGUGUGUGUGUGUGUGUGUGUGUGUGUGUGUGUGUGUGUGUGUGUGUGUUGUCUCGCGUGCACACAGGCGUGCACCCGCACAUGCGUGCAUGUGCAUAAUACAGUUUUUCAAUGGCUUUGAUGCAUUUUCUGUUUAUAGGCCCACACUAUUUCAAAUAAGGAGAGCAUGAAUUGCAUUGUAAUUGUGAUAACUUGGGUAUUUUGUUGAUAACCUUUAACAUCGCAGCGUGUCAGCAAUCUUUGGUUAAUAUAUUAAAAAAGUAAAAACCUGCCUCGAUUGCGAUAAAAGCACCUAGUGUUGAGCGGUAACUCAGGUUUUGGCGUAGAUAACUACACCUCUCUCAGGAGAUUUGUUCUUAGGCACUUGUGGGUGGUGGUGUUCUGAAGAAGGUGUAGUUAUCUACUCUGAAACCUGGGUUAACACUUAACACGAGGUGAUUUUUCGCAAUCGAGGCAGGUUUUUAGUUUUUUAAUAUUUUGUUGAUACUUAGCAGUAUCCAGAAUAAUGUUUUUGUGCUACUUCUGUGGUAAAUUUGACAAGUGGAAAAUUAUUAGGUCAUGAUUCUGUCACCAUAACCUGUUGACAUAAGGGUUUCGUGAUCAAGGAAGCAUAUGAGACUAGUUUCGUUCAUUCUCAAGUCUGGAUUGCUUCCAGUUGUAGCAGUGAGGAACAUUUCAUGCAAUGCAUUGAUUGUAAGUGCAAUUGUGAGUUAUGUAUUAAUUUUAGUGAUGGGUUUACAGUAAUACCUGUGAUGAAUUCCAAAAUAAUCUUUAAAAAUCUUGAAUACUUGGUGCUCAGCAGCUUCCAGAUAUUUUUUAAAAGACAUUUUGUAUAUAUAAUGAGCUGCACUAGAUAUUUAUGUUUACCCAAACUGCUUUUUGGGUUCCUAAUCCAUAUUCAGUGGCAUUUGAUACAGUGGAACUGUGUACUGUGUUAUAGGGCGUAUUUCAGAUCCAAGCAUGUCAUCGCUAUAGAAGUGCAUAAUGUAAAUAUACUUAUAUUACUGCUAAAUAUGUACAGUUAUUGUUUUGUAGAAAUCUAUGCACAUAGAAUUGUUUGUUCUUCUGUAUCCAGAUCCAGUUUUGGCAAAUAAAACAUUUCUAGUGCAGCUCAUGGUGUAUAGAAGAUGUAUUUGAAUAAAAAUACUCUUUGUCGAACUUGAAAACAUAACACAUGUUAUGCCCUUCUUUCAUCUUUGUUAACAUUUUGAUACCUUGUGUCUAAGUUUCCAUGUAGACUUGUUUGUCCUUAAUUUUGCUUCUCUUUCCUCAUUUCUCUCGCCUCAUACAUCUGCAAGAACAUCCAUUUGUUUCUGAAGUAUAUUAUGUCAGUUCAAAGGUCAAUAAGAAAUAGAUAUUUAUGUGUAUAUAUAUUGCUUGUAAUUAUUUAAAAUUGUAAGCAGAUAUUAGAAUGCUUCUUCAUUUGUAAAUUUCCUUUAUAUAGCGGAAUGGUUAGUGAAACUUGUGUUUGUAAUAUAGUGUGUGUACCUGAAAUUAUUAUUAUACUGUUGAAUAUUGUUUGAUUUAUUUCUUUGAAAGUAUCACAGUGUGAAAUAAAAUGUUGGAAAUGUGUUUGAAUGGAAGUUUUAGACAGGUAUUACUUGCGGAUGGUAGUUCAAAAAAUGAUUUCUCUGUUGAGUUGUUGGGUGAUGUGCACGUUUUUACUCAAUCAGUGCCAGAAAAUUAGAUCUCUAGUAGCAUUCUGUGUAAAAUAUCAUUGCUAUUGUUCACUAAGCAGACUUGUAACCUUUGUAAUAGUAAGCAUGCAAGAUUAGAGACUGAAAGAUAGUUCUAUUUAUAUCAGUUAAUUUUGUUUUCUUUUGUGUAGCAAAAACUGUGUAAUACAUUGUUCAGUCUGCACUUCAGUGAAUUGUGACAAGCAUGAACAUUACAAUAAGAGUUGUUUGACACUGUGUUCUAGAACAGUCGUAACUGAAUUUUACAUCAUUCACAUAAUGCUCAUAAAACUGAUAAAUGCUCAUGUUAAUUUUUGUCUUGCCAAAUGUGUGAAACACAUUCUCUGAUUGGUUUAAAUGGCUUUAGUUUCAAUUUGUUGUAGUUUUUGUUGUAUGUAUUUUAUCUGGUCUUACAGAAUCUAAAAAUUGAAACUUUUUUGUUUCACAUAUUUUUGUACAUGUUUAAGUAGAAAGGCUGUCAUUUUAUUGAAAAAGAUGACAUUGUGUCCAGAGCAAUGUCAUCUGUAAGCAUUUACAUAUCAGUAUUAUGAAAGCAUUUAUCUACAAAAAAUGGCAGAGUAAAACGUAGAAACACUGUGGAAUCAGUAUUACAGGUUUUAUUUUAAAAUAUAGACGUGUUCAUCAUAUGCCAUUCACUCUCAAUGUCUCCGCCCUCUCUUUCUCCAGCCCCACACACCUAUUUAAAAUGGCACAACUUCUUGAGUAUUUAUUAAGACAAAACUAAAAUAUGAUCUGUUCUCUCUGAAUUCAUCCAAAAAUUUGGUAAAUUAAAAGUGAUAAUAAAUGUGUGGUACCACUAUCUAAAAAAAUCAAAAGACAUUUUCAGUAAUAUAUCUCCCCUCUGGCCCUAAAUAAAGAACGGAAAACCAGAGAAUUAAAAACUUAAAAAACACUGAAGUGCAUAUCCUUGUUAGUAUUUGAUAACAUUUCCAUUGGGUUUGAUGUCAUUGCUAUAAUGUUCUGAAGUUUUAUACCUUCUCUUAUAAAGUGUGUAGAAUCCACAAAGCGAGUCUGACAAACUUCAAGCUCUGCUUUGUGAUUGUUACUGCUAUCACAUUUGAUCCUUGAAAAAUCCAAGCAAGUCAUUAUUGGAAGGUUGCAGAGCUGGACUUCAGGCAGGAUAAACAAGGAUUUUCUGUGUGUAAAGAUAUGUAAUUAAUUUGCGCUCUGUUGAAUUUUGGGAUAAUUUCAACAUGUUACAGAAUAAUUUCAUUCUUCAUUCUUCAUUAAUUGUUGGGUUAUGGAGUUCACUGCAGAAAUACACUGACUGGCAUGAAAACACAACACUUCAAUUUCUUACAAAAAAUUAUUUUACAUGUUUUAUUUCAAUUUACAGUCACAUUUAUAACACUGAUCUAAUAUUUAAUGGUAAAACAAAGUUUUAUGCUCCUGUCCAGGUCCUUAACAAUGAAAAUAAAUAAAUAAACAAGUUAAGCAAGAGGUUCAGAAGUAACAUGAAUGGAUUCACAGUUUUAAGUGAAUUUUGAGACAGCUAAUGAAGUUAAUGCACCCUUGAAUGAGCAGAGUAUGUGCUGAUGUGAAACUUGAGCAGAGUAUGUGCUGAUGUGAAACUUCCAGGCAGAUUAAAACUGUCUGCCAGACCGAGGCUCGAACUCAGGACCUCUGUCUUUCGUGGGAAAGUGCUCUACUGUCUGAGCUAUGCAUGCAUGACUCACACUCCAUUCUCACAGCUUUCCUUCUGCCAGUACCUCGUCCCCUACCUUCUAAACUUCAGAGAAGCUCUCCUGCGAACUUUGCAGAACUAGCACUGCUGGAAGAAAGGAUGUUGCGGACACAUGGCAUAGUCACAGCUUGGGGGAUUUUUUAAUGCACCCUUAUUUUGCUUUUCUGAGCGUCCCUUCAGAUAACUCUCUUCACAUCUUCAAAAGUGUGUAUUAGCGCUCUGGCAGUAAUCGCAUCACCCAAUCUUUCAGGCAUGCUCCUGUUUAACGCUGCAAUGUACUUCUCAGGGAUCAUCUCCCAUUCUUUCAGGAGGGCCUCCUGCAGAUCCUAUAGGGGCUCUGAAUGGUGUGGGCUGGCUCCAUAAGUGCUCAGUAUGAUUCAAAACAGAGCUACGGGCAGGCCAAGCCAUAGCAUGAAUCUCUGCUUGAUCCAGUAACUCUUGCUCAGUUCUCGCAAUGUGGACACACUUUGUCAUGCACUAGUGUAAAACCAUCACCAGUAAAUAGGCUGAAAGGCGCAACACUCCCCAGUAGGAUUUCCUCCAAAUGUCGAUAUUCUGUAAGGCUCCAGUGUUCCAUUAAGACUAAAUCUAUUCUUGCAAUCUACUGAUUGCUGCCCACAUCAUCAGAGAACCACUCUGAACAGGCUUCCUGGAUGUAGAUAUGCAAGGGGAAUGCCUUUUGAUGGGCUUUCCCUACAUCCUCUCUCUACCAUCAGGUGAUUGCAGGCCAAAUUGUGACUCACCAGCAUACAACAUUUGCUUCCAUCAUUGUAUUCUUCACCCACGAUAUUCCCUUAUGAAAUGUAGUCUAGCUGUGUGAUGGUCUCGAGUAAGUUUUGGGCCUGCAGCCCAUCUCCUGGAUUGAAAAUUGACUUCUUCCUGUCUUCUUAGGGUAGUCUGUUACUAACACUGACCUCCUUGAAUGUAGUGUAAUUUGAUUUUGUGAUUCAAUGGUGGUGGUGUGAUGAUGGAGGAGAACUUGAAGUUGGAAGAAGUGACCAACUCUUGCAAUGUUGGUCUCCUUGGGCCUAAUCUUGGUUUCCUUGCAUAGCCUGCAGUUUUGGGCCUGUAUCAUCUCUCAGUUCUAGAAAUCAUGGAAGGUGUAGUUCUCAGCAUUUCUGCUACAUAAUGUAUCCUAUGACCACCUUCCACCGAAGCAAAAGCUUUUGCUGCAUCUUCAGGGUUUAACGGCAUGUUUACUCCAAGAAUCCGAUUACAAUAAUCACAGGAAGAUCCCACAAACAUUUGUGUUUGAAAUUGGAAUAAUACAAGGGACAACAAUAAGGGCUACAAGAGCAGGAAAACACUAUUGCCUCACAUCCAUUAAUGUGUUUUUCAGGUUGUGCUGAAAAAAAAAAAAAAAAAGAAAAAACACAAUGAAGACUAGAGCAAUGAACAAUCUAGCCUUCGUUGUUUGCUCACAAAGCAGUACCAAUACUGCACCAGUAACAUACUUCCACUUAAAAUAUAGGAUAAAGUGCUAUACUUUGACUAAAUGGAUAAUUACACAUAAUUUAUUAUAUGCUGCAUUUUCAUUCUGGUCAGUGUAUUUCUGUCCCUGUCAGUUGAUUAAACCACUCUUAAGUUCAUGCCUAUGAUGACAGUUUAUGUUUACAGUCUGUGCAGGGCAUGUAUUCAGUUUCUGUAUUUCCAUCCUUAAAUAGUCUGUCCAGUUUUUUAUAUUACUUUCAAAGGUUCCAUAAAAGUCAUAGAGUGACUGCACACUGAUGUGUGUUUCCUGCACAGUGACGUGUAUUUCAGUAUGAACUGAUUUCCAUAAUGCUUGUAAUCCAUCCAAAAGGAUGCAUACUGUCAAUAUGGGCUCAACGUCACACCAACAGGUGGAACCUUAUGUCGUAUUCACUGUUUUCUGGUGUAGUCUCUUCGUUGUUCUGUACAAGGAAGUUAGAUUUUACCAAAUUACAAGAAAGCUGCAAUAUGUUAGUUGCAUUCUCAUUCUUUUACUUUGCAGUAAAAGGAUAUUUUUAACUAUGUAUAAAGUACAAAGUUAUUAAUUUUUAGUGGUGGGUGGAAAUGAAACAAAAAUAAUGUUGAUUAAAUAUUUUCUCGUUGGGCACAUUUUAGGAAAUUUCCACUGCUGUUUUCCGGUAACCAUUGUGUAUCUUGAAAUAUGUGUAAGAGAUCUGGUUUAUUCAUUUCAGUGGCAAGUGCUUGCUGGUAGGUUGUCUUAGAAUAUCUUUAUAUUUAAUCUUCAUAUAUAUGUGAGUCAUUUUUUAUAUUCCUGCCUCUAUACUUUAUGCAUGGAGAGAUCAUCCCCAAAAUGAAUAUCAAUACUUGUUCUUUAAUAUGACUCAGGUAUACAGUUGUCGAUUGUUCAAUAGAAGAAAGGUAAUUCUUUGUCCAGCAGAAUUUUCCAAUUCUUUUAUUCUCUGCAACCCUUAUGCACCUAAGACGCUCAAUGACCGUCUUAGCAAUGUGUAAAUCCUGCAAAGGACUUUCAGGUCUGAGUGGCAUCAAAGAUGAUAUUUUUUUACUAAUAUGUAGGCAAUAAUCCACUAAUGUUUAUAAAGUAGUGGUGAAAUAAUGUAGCAGUAUGUAAAAACACCACCUUUUUAUUUUGUGCCUUCAUCUUUAUGAUAAAUUUGACUAUUCUUUCAUAAGUGUUCAUGCUAUACACAUCUGUUUGCAAAACCUGUCUGACAGAAUGACCUGGGACAAAAUAGUCUCCAUGUGACGAUGAAGUUGUUUUAAAGUACCCUUCACAGUAGCAAACAGAAAAAAAUAUUCAGUCUCUCAUCAGAAUUUUUUUCUUCAACAGGGAUUAUAAAUGGGUGUUUAGUUUAAUCUACAUUAAAAAUAAGUUUUGUCUUUCAUCCGUAAAUGAAUUUUGAAUACAUGAUUAACUGUGUGUGGCAGUUCUGAUACUGAAGACUUUUUCUUUGCCUACUCAUGCGUGAUUAAAAUAGUUACUGUGGUGCAACUGGGAACCCUUACACCUGCUUUUGUGCAUUAUGAAUUUCAUUUAUGUACUUUUUCAAAUGCUUCUGUUGGAAGAAUAUGCCUAAAAAUUAGCAUACUCUUUCUUCUGACAUUUGCAAAACUCCAUCUUCAUCCUUUUUCUUCAUUUUUUUUAAUUAGCUGCACUUUUCAAUGGACCUCUGCUUUCCAGCAACGAACAUAUGUUGUAAUUUGCUGUUGUCAUAUGUACUUUUUGCUCUGCUUUAUUUACAUGUUAUUACAAUUGUGCUGAUAAUUUCUUCUGUUUCUAUGCUAGGUAGGUGUCGGGAUUCCUUAGAGCAUCUUGCAUUAGAAAAUGACUGAUUUGAGGAUUUUUUGUAGCUUAAGGUACUCUCCUACCAUGUGCAACUUACAUCUUUGACAAUAUUUGUUGUACCUCACUUUGGGGCAUGAUUAUUAGUGACAAUAAGUUCAGUUCACAAGUAUCCUUUGGUAUAUUGAGAAGAAUGCAGCUAACAGCCUAUAAAAUUAAUGUCUUCAUCCAUUUUGUGGCACUGAAAGUGUGCAGGGCCACUUGUGCCCAUCAUCUGCAAGAUUUGUUGGUUUAACAUCAGUUGACACCAACACGUAGCACCCAGACAUUAGUUACUAAACUAGAAAGAACUUGAGCAGGGUUUGGCAUUCACAAAAUCUUGUAAAAAAUCAGAAAAUUUGAAACAGAAUGGAAUCCCAAGCUGUUGAAAUUUGUAAAAGUUUCCAUUAUCAGGAAGAAGGGAAGCAAUAGAAAACAACAGAAAUCAAUAUUUAUGGCUAUGUAAGUGAUGGUGACUUAAAUGUAAACAUUUGUUUCAAAAAAGUAUUUAUGUAUAUUUCCUUUUGUCUCCUUGUGUCUGUCAGUCCUAUUUCAUUUAUUUCUUCUUCAGUGGCAGGCUGUCAUUGAGAUUCUGGGGUAGUGCUCAUUUCCAAACCUCUAUUCACAACUGCGUUUAUUCAAAUUCUCUUGCACUACUGUUAUUUUGCUUACCCUGCAUAAACUUUUAAUGGGAAAAAAUGCCAUUUUCAAAAAUACUACAAAUAUUUGCGGUUUUUAAAUGAAUACUUUAGUAGCAGUUCCAUUUUAAGUAAUUUCUUACAGAACAUGUCAAUGAAGUUGGUGCUACCUGCAGUUGAGUCAUUUGUCAUCAGAGAAAAUUAUCAUUUUAUCAAACUAUGAAAGUACUAACAAUCAUAAGUCGACAUCAAAAGCAUAUAAGUAUUACUGUGUAAGUAUUGGAUUCUCAACAAAACAAGUCGAAGGUAUUCAUAACAAGUUUACCAACAAUCUUCUGUGUGUUCAGAACAAUGCUCAGAAUUUUUGUUUGUAGUUCUUUGCUGACAAGUAGGAAUUAUUUAUUGCAUGUUUUCUUCCUAGCUUGACAGUUACAUUCUUUCCACAUUGUGCGGUUGUGAGUAAUAUUUUCAUUCACUGGUGCAUCUCCUACUUACUUACACAUUUCUGUUGUGUAUAUUAUACACAUUUAAGUGCAUACAACAUGAUAUGCUGUAGAAUACUAGAACAGUGUAUGGCGUUGUUACUGUGAUGAAAUUGCGGUAUCAGUUACUCUCUAUAUUUUGUAUGCUUAAACAUAGUUGUUAUAUCCCCUGUAGGCAUUAAAUCUAAAGGAUUGCAGUUCAUAUGUUCUCACACAUUUUUAUUGGUUAUGUUGAGCCAAGUUUGUCAUUACUGUAUCAAUUGAAAAAAGAAACAAAAUUCAUAAAUAUUGUUAAAUGUUCCUUAUGUUGUGUGUGUGUGUACAUUUUGUGAACUGUCAUUAUCAGAGUAGGACCCACGUCAUGUGUAUCCUGAUUUUUUGUCUUUCAUUUUGUAUGUGUAUUGUUCACAGACAUUAUUGUAGAGAAUUUGUUAACAAAUAAAUGUAGAAUAUUAAUGAAAAUAA